AUGUCGCUAUCACAAGAAGCACUGCAAAAGCUGUACGGCGAGAUCCAGACACAGGCCCUUAGGACCCAGCAGGAGCUUGCUCUCGGCCGCUCACAGAUGGCGUCCAAGCAGCGCGAGAUGCGCCUCACCCAGCUGACCCUCAGCGAGAUCUCCUCACUAAGCCCCGAGACACCUGUCUAUGAGGGCGUCGGCAAGAUGUUUGUGUCAGCACCUGUGCCAGACAUGAAGAGUAAGCUGCAGUCGCAGAUGAAGCAGCUUGAGGCCGACGUCGAGAGUCUGAACAAGAAGAUUCACUACCUGGAUACUACUGCCAAGAACAGUCAGGAUCACAUCGAGGCGAUUCUCAAGCGCGGCAGCACAGGUGGCUCUUGA